AUGAUCGAGAGGCCAAUAGAUGAUUUAGCCCUUGCCGAUCAAAGGUUCACUUUAUUCAUUAAUUCCAGGAAUCUAGAAUCCUUGAAUAACAAUAGUCCACGAAAAAUUAAUCAUAUUAAAGAUACAAGGUGUUUUGCUAAUGAUUUUAUAGAUAGUGUUGUACUGCGUCAUUCUGGUAAUUUACAAGAUGAAACAAUUACUAACGCUUUCAUAUGCUUAUACUUAUGUUGCAGUCAACCCCAAGAUGUCAUAAGCGUAUUGAAAAGACACCAAUCGUUUAUUCUAGAAUUAUUUUCAAAGAAAGCUUAUCAAGAAUCAAUAGUGCAUUUAAAGGUGAUCCACCAAGUUAUCACCAAUUAUUUGUCUAAUAAGAGUAUAAAGAUUGAAUCUGAAGACGACAUGAUAUUAACUAGGGGUAUAGAAUUUACUGAAUCCGAUUCAAUGAUAACUAACUUAAUUAUAGCUUUCCAUUUCCUUUCACUUCAAUGUGUAUUGCAAUUAUUUUCAUCUAAUAUUAACCAAUUAAUCACCUCAAUCAAUCCAUUCAUCAGCAUAAACAGUUUAAUGAAAUAUCCUUAUCAUUUCAUAUCAUCAGGUAAUUUUUCCCGUUGGUUACAUCUUCAUCGACCCGAUACCUCAUCGGAGAAACAUUUGAACAAUGUUGUGAAAAUUCUUUCUGGAUUCAUUAAAAUAUGUUCAGCAGUUUCCAAGAAAGUCCCAGAAUUAUCAAUCACAAAGCUCCAAUUCGAAUUCAAACUAAUGGAAUACAAAUACUUACAAGAUCAGACAAUUCCAGAUUACGAUUUUGCCUCCACUCCUUCAGAACUUGGCCCCUACUUGAAUGAUCUAAGAACAAUAAUACCUGAUAUUUCCAUAAUAGAUCAUCCUCCUUGUACUGCUGAGGAUGUAAUCGCUGUGCUUAAUAAUUUGACUAAACAGCCAGAGCUCAUCAAUAAAUUCAAAUCAAUGCUACUCAAUUGUCCUCCCGAUUUGUACAACAAUCAAGACAUUAUGGAUAUAAUGAUAUCAUGCAUGAGUAAUUUGGACUCAAAAUACUCUAUGGCGUUUUCAAAAUGUGUUUUGAACUAUAUGAAAACCAAUUUCAAACAUUUUAGGACCAUCACCAGGAGGCAUUUUCAACUUUUUGAUUCCAUAACUAAUAACUGCAUAAAUAUUGAAGAUAAGUUGCUUCUUGUUGAAAUUAUCUCCAAGCUUUAUUUUAUACUUUCAAAGUUCAAACAAUUCAAACGGAUACGAAAUUUAUCCAAUUUGUUAUAUAACAAUGGUAAGAAAAAUUCAUCAGUUGAGUGUCUCAAGUUAUCAGUCGAAUAUGAGCAAUUCAUUGCUUAUACUCAACAGGAUGACUCAAAUGAUCAUAUUUUACAAGCUAAGGUUGAAAAAGUCAGUAAUUGCUUAAUAUCCUUGAACCAUCAUACAUCAGCAUCGGAAAUUCUAAUCAGGUAUUUGAAAACUAUUGAAAUCAACCAUAUUGAAGACUGUCAUAAUAUCAGCUCUCGGGUGAUCACAACAUUAGUGCAAUGCUUGGAUGAAGACUCGAUCACAAGGCUUUUUGGUACCUCGAGUGAAUUUUCAGACAUAUUCAAGGCAGCAUUAUUCAUCAAUAUUACCACAACAUCACAUCCUUCAAUCGAGAGGAUUUACGAAAUUAUAGACCUCAGUGACAGAUCAUUGUCACUCUAUUGUACAUACCAUUAUUCCAGUACUAUUGGAAUUGAAACCCAUAUCGAUGUGGAAGGAAUUCCCAAUGGGGAAGACGAGGCCAUGAACCUUUUACUUAAAUCAGGAAUCCUUAUGAACAAUAAUAUCAAUUGUGAAUGGAGCACAAAAAAUAUAAAUAAGUCGGUUGUAUUCUUUGUAGAAUACUUAUCUUUGAGUGUCCCAAUCAACGACUAUGAAAUUGAAGUGUUUGGUAUUAUCAGACAUUAUUUGAAAUAUAACCAAUUGUUUGAUGUUUUAAAAGAACUACUCAUUACCUAUAUCAGUUCAAGAUCAUUUGAGUCAGACGUGAAACUCAUCAGGUUGGACUUUUCCAUCACCAUGGAUUGUGUCGAUAUAUGUUUGAAAUUUCACCAAUUUGAAGAGGCAGAGAAAUAUUUAAAUAGGGCCAGCGAGCUUUUGAAAGUCUUAUUUGCCAGCUCAAAAACAUCUGUUGGAUCUAACGAUUUGUUAACUUGGAAAAUGGCACAACUCAAGUAUUUCAUUUCAAUUGAUUUGGAAACCGCCGGGGAGAAAUUCUCAACCAUCACCAAGUUUUUAUCUUCCAAACCUGAGUUUUCUUUGAAUUCUCAAACUGCCUUAUCUUUAUCAGAUAAACUUUCCAAUCUUCUUUCCGUAGCCCAAUUCAAUUCAAUUGCUGCUCAGUUGAAUUUCAAAAAGCAGAAUUAUGCCCAGGUGAUGUCAGAAUUAAAAACAGGCAUCAAAUUAACCAUGUCCAUAAUGAGAAAAAUUCCCAAUGAUAUCGACAGAUCAUUACACUAUGAAUUGGAAUGGGGGUGUAAUAGUUUGAUGACGGAUUUGUAUUUUCAAAUGAUUGAAAUCUUGAAAACUUUGGGUAUUUCCAGAGAUUUGAGAUUUUACAUUGAAGAGUUUCGAAAAUUGCUUGAUUCUACCAUUAACCCAACGGUAAAUUGUACAUUUAAUUAUUACUUAUCGAAUAUUUCCAUUUUGAUUGGUGAUAUCCAACAAGCGCAGAAUUUCUUGCAGAAAGCUGAUGACAUCGAGUCCAUGAAUAUCAACAAUAAUCUCAAGGCACUCCGUAAUGACAGUCAUUUGUUGAUGGCAGCUUAUAACAAGGAUUCUGCGAAGGUGCAAGAUUGUUUAGAAAGAGUCUUUGAUCAAGAUAUUUGGUAUUCCAAUCCUAUUCCAUCUUCAGAAAUCAGAUAUUUACUGAGUAUCUAUUUUGAUAUUCCAAAGUUUCACGAAAACAAUAUUUGGCUGACCUUAAUUAUGUUCAAAAAUAGAUUUUUGGAAAUCAUGAAAGAUAUGAAGAACGAUCCCUUGUUCAAUGAUAUAGAGAACUCGGUCAUUAUAUCUCCUAGCUUACAAGGAAUACCUAAAUCAAAUGACUUAAAUGAUCUCAAGACUGAAAUGGUUUCAUUUUUAACUAACAACCAACUUCAAUAUCAUGAGUACAAUCAUUUGUUACUUCUUUUGUACAAUAUUCAAAUGUACCUUUCAGCUUCAGGACUGAGUGACUUACUGACAACUUAUUAUCAUCUCGACAUUUCCAGAUCUUUGAUGUUCAAACAUGAGAAAACUAUCAACUUUCCAUCAGCCGGAAUAAUACCUUCAAGUGAUAAAAUUGAUAAUCCCAGAACCAUUCCCCAAGACGAAUUUUAUUCUUCCUUACAAUCCUUACCAUCCAACUGGACCAUUAUUACCAUAAACAUGGAUGACAAGAUUGAAAACUUGAUUCUUACUAAAUUGGGAAAACUUUCGAAUUUUGAGCCCGUACUGGUCAAACUACCAUUAAACAGAAUGUCCCAAUACAGUCAAAACCUGAAACCAAUUGGUUUCAAGGAUUCGAUUUCCACUCUUCGUGAAAUAAUAGCCAAGAGCAAUGAUUCCAUUAAACCAAGAGUGACUUCCACAAUUAAGACUUCUCAAGAUAGAAAAAAUUGGUGGAAGUUAAGAUUCUCUCUUGAUUUGAAACUUCAAGAGUUGCUCGAAAAAAUCGAAGAUCAAUGGAUAGGUGGAUUCAAAGGUAUUUUCAACCAACGUGAGAUCACCGCAGACUUGGUGGACCAAUUCCAUGCAUUAUUGAGAAAAGUGUUACCUUCAAAGAUGAAAACAAACCUAUCCUUCAAUAAAUCUGUAGUCGAAAUCAUAUCAGGAAUCGUUUCACUGUUUCGGUCAGAGCUGUAUGAGGACUUUAUGAGACAAAACUUGAUGAUUGAGGAUAUCCUUUAUUAUAUCGUUGAUUCUUUAAAUUACAAAGGUGAAAGGAAUUCGUAUGAUGAGAUCGAUAUGGACACAUUCAGUUCCGGGUUGAAAGAUAUGUUUAGUGUGGAAACAGUGGUGGAUAAUCAUUUCAUUAUCAUUCCAUCUCCAGAAUGUAGUGAAAUCCCAUGGGAAUCAUUGAAUUGUUUAUCAGGAAAAUCCGUAUCAAGAAUGCCUUCAAUCCAAUCAAUUUUCGAAUUAUUAGAAUCUACUCACGAAUUGAAAAUGAAUGAAGACUUCAAAUUGACAUAUUUGAUUAAUCCUGGUGGUGAUUUAGCCAGAACUGAAGGCAUUUUCACCCCAAAGUUUUCUUCGGUUGGGGCAUGGGAAGGGGUCAGUGGUACUAAACCUCCUAACAGUGCUGAAUUUCUUUCCGAGAUCCUUGAACGGGAUAUUUUUGUGUUUAUUGGACAUGGGGGUUGUGAGGCUUAUAUUAAGACAUCAGAGUUAUUGAAUCGUAGCCAUGAUAAAACUUUGCCUCCAUGUUUAUUACUCGGAUGUUCUUCUGGAGCCUUGGAAACUAACGGAAUUUUUAAUAAUAACGGAACUGUUUACAACUGGCUUAUUGGUGGGUCACCCAUGAUUGUGGCUAACCUCUGGGAUGUUACUGAUAAAGAUAUUGACAAGUUCAGUUUAUCAGUAUUUGAAUCCUGGAAUCUUUUCGGAGAUUCUUCAACUAAACAUAAUAUGGGACUUUGUGUCAGAGAUAGUCGUAAAGCCUGUACUUUGAAAUACCUUAAUGGUAGUGCUCCCAUUAUUUAUGGAUUACCAUUGACUUUAUAG